AUGGAAAAGACGUCAGCAUACGUCCCUGAAGAUGAGAAGGAAGCAGCCCUGUUGGAUGAGGACCUGGAUGGAGAUGACUCAGCUCAGGAAGGGGAUGAACCUGCUGCCAAGUUCCUUUGUCAAGACAAGGACUUCCUUCUCAAGGACAGACCAGGAUCCACUGGCUUCCAUGACUCCCCCAAUGCUGCUGACUUUUCUGGUCAGGAGCUGGACAGCGAGUCUCACGUGAGCGAAUCCAGUGACAGAAUGUCCGAUUUUGAGAAUUCCUCACUUAGAAAUGAGGAUGAUGUCCUCCUAUCUAAAGACCCCUCAAAUGCCCUGUCUUUGUCUUCCUCUGCCAUAAUGGCUGCUGUCAACGCCACUGCCCAAGUAAGUGGAGAUGAGGCCAUUUUAGCCACAACAGGGUCUGUGGCUGACAGCCUAGAAAAGAUGAAGGCCAUUUACACCUCCUUUCUGACCAACUCCUAUUGGUCCACACUGAAUUUGAACCUGAGCCAGCCCCCUGCAGAAAAACCCCCACGCAGUCACAGCAGCAGCAGUAGUAGCAGCAGUAGCAGUAGUUGUGGAAGUGGAGGCUAUGACUGGCACCAGACAGCUAUGGCAAAAACCCUCCAACAGGCCUCACAGAACCACCACAACAGACUGGGCAUGGUUCACCAACCCACAGUGGCUGUAUCUACAGUAUCUACAGAACCUCACCUCUUCAGCACUGUCCAGCUCUACCGACAGAGCUCCAAGCUCUAUGGCUCUAUAUUCACUGGUGCAAGCAAAUUCCGCUGUAAGGACUGCAGUGGAGCCUAUGACACACUGGUGGAGCUCACAGUGCACAUGAAUGAGACAGGCCACUACCGAGAUGAUAACCACGAGACAGGUGGUGAGGGUGCUAAACGGUGGUCAAAACCCAGAAAGCGUUCCCUGUUAGAGAUGGAGGGGAAAGAGGAUGCACAAAAAGUCCUGAAGUGCAUGUACUGCGGGCACUCCUUUGAAUCCCUUCAGGACUUAAGUGUACACAUGAUCAAGACAAAACAUUAUCAGAAAGUGCCUCUGAAAGAGCCUGUUACACCAGUGGCAGCUAAGAUUCUCUCCACGGCUCGGAAGAGAGCUCCUAUUGAACUAGACAUCCCAAGCUCACCUGACUCAAACGGAGGGACCACACCUAAGCCCGCCGCGCUCAAUGAAUCAAAUGAAAUACUCCAGAGGGUUACCAACCCUUACAUCACACCUAACAACCGCUAUGGACACCAGAAUGGUGCCAGCUAUGCCUGGCAGUUUGAAUCCAGGAAGUCACAGAUCCUCAAGUGCAUGGAGUGUGGCAGCUCCCAUGACACACUACAAGAGCUAACUGCUCACAUGAUGGUGACUGGACACUUUAUUAAAGUCACCAACUCUGCGAUAAAGAAAGGUAAACCCAUCAUAGAGUCACCGACCCCGGCCCCUCCAACCAAUUUAACAGGUGAAGAAAAGUUCCAAUCUGUUCCCCUCGCUGCCACAACAUUUUCUCCUCCACCUGCUCCAGUGCCUCCUCCAACCAGCAUCUCCCCAAUUGCCAUGGCUGUGGAGAUAAAAAAGGAGGAAAAGGAGGAGGAAUGCACUAAGGAGUCCAUUAUCAACAAUGGUAACAUUCUCAACAAAGAGAAGAAAGCAGGAGUUGAGGAUGACGCUGAGGAAAAGUUUGAUAUUUCUUCAAAAUACUCUUAUCUGACUGAAGAGGAUCUGGAGGAAAGUCCAAAAGGGGGUCUCGAUAUCCUGAAGUCAUUGGAAAACACAGUGACGUCAGCCAUCAACAAAGCACAGAAUGGUGCUCCAAGUUGGGGUGGGUAUCCCAGUAUCCAUGCUGCCUAUCAGCUUCCUAACAUAAUGAAGCUGUCUCUCGGCAAUGCUGUGAAGACCUCCCCCCUUAAAUACAUGUUCCAUGGAGGGGACAUUCUCUCCCCAACUAGCAAGAGCCAGCCGCUCCUCUCUCCUCCCCGCCGCCAGACCUCUCCAAUGCCAAAAAACAACUUCCACGCGAUGGAAGAACUGGUCAAGAAAGUGACAGAGAAAGUGGCCAAGGUAGAAGAAAAAAUGAGAGAGCCCAGUAGCAUUGUAAGGGUUUCUCCUCUAAGACGUACCACGCCCUCACCUUGCAACAGUGAGGUAGGAGACUCAGUCCGAGGAGCGUCCCCUAAAGAAAAUAGAGCAGAAGGCUGUAACACCCCUGAGAAUAAUAGCGGAGUGGAAAAAGUAGUAGGAAAUGCAAAUGGAGCAGAUCAUGGGAUAUCAAAUGGAGAUAUUUCCAUGAAAGAGUCUGUAGAAAAUGGUGUGGAGUCAGCGUCUGUGACAUCACCCCUGCCUGCCUCCCUGAUUGGCAGUACAGCUAUCAUUACAGAUCAUCCACCUCCUGAACAGCCAUUCAUCAACCCUCUCAGUGCACUGCAGUCAGUAAUGAACGCCCACCUGGGGAAGGCUGCUAAGCCUGCCCUGCCGUCCCUUGACCCCAUGAGCAUGUUGUUCAAGAUGAGCAACAGUCUGGCAGACAAAGCAGCAGUGGCAGCUUCCACACCACCAGCACAGACCAAAAAAUCCAGUAAUGACCACUUAGACCGCUACUUCUACCAGCAACAUCUAAACAACGACCAACCCAUUGAUCUCACCAAAGGCAAAAAUGCUGAUAAAAACAACAGUAGUGGUUCUCUGGGUUCGACAGCUCUGUCUUCCACUGCUUCCACUCCAUCCUCACUUCCUCCCCCCUCCACUGUCACUAUGACCAAAGCCUCAGCUGCAGUAGCUUCCUUCAUGUCCUCCUCCCCAUUGAGAGAAAAUGCACUGUCAGAUAUCUCUGACAUGCUGAGGAACCUAACAGAAAGUCAGGCUCUUUCCAAGUCCUCCACACCUACCAGCCAGUCUGAGCGCUCCGACAUUGAAGGUGUCACACAGGAUGAAGACGAUGUUUCACCAGCCCAGAAACGUAAAGGCCGCCAGUCAAACUGGAACCCCCAACACCUACUCAUCCUACAAGCCCAGUUUGCUGCCAGUCUAAGACAAACAAGUGAUGGCAAGUAUAUAAUGUCUGACCUGAGCCCACAGGAGAGAAUGCAUAUCUCCCGUUUCACUGGUCUCUCAAUGACUACAAUAUCCCAUUGGUUGGCUAAUGUCAAGUACCAGCUAAGGAGAACCGGUGGCACCAAGUUCUUGAAAAACUUGGAUUCUGGUCACCCAGUUUUCUUCUGCAGUGACUGCGCCUCCCAGAUCCGCUCACCAUCCACCUAUGUCAGCCACUUGGAAUCCCAUCUGGGCUUCCGCCUGCGAGACUUGGCCAAGCUUUCUGGGGAGCAGCUGCUCAGCCAGAUAUCACAGCAACACCAUCAACGCCACAUCAAAGGACUAUCUGAAAAACUGCUCUCUAAUCUUCACUCAUCUAGCCACCCUUUACCCUCCUCUCUCCCUACAUCCUUAGCCUCGUCCUUACCCGUCUCCCUUCCCUCUUCCUUAAUCACCUCCCUGCACUCGACUGAACCCCCCUCACCCUGCCCUGACGAUGACGACAGUGUGGCCGUGUACCAGUGCAAGCUCUGCAAACGGACUUUUGCGAGUAAGCAUGCGGUCAAGCUUCACCUGAGCAAGACUCAUGGGAAGUCCCCAGAGGACCAUCUCAUGUAUGUGUGUGAGCUGGAGAAACAGUAG